AUGCAGCCGCAGCCAGCGCUCAAGUCGACCUACAAGGCGCCUCCUCUUCCGCCAGGCUGGACUGAGCACAAAGCCCCGACGGGGCACACGUACUAUUACAAUGCCGAAACCAAAGAGUCCACCUACAAGCGGCCUGUCACGGCAGCAGCCCCUCCAACCGCGGCGUCCGCUAACCCGGCAUCGAGCUUUUGGCAACACCAAGCCGUACCCCAGAUAAACCUCUCCGAUCCCAAUGUCGCCAAUGCCUUCAUGUCACAGUAUGGCCAGCCACAGCAACAGCCAGGGCAACAGCGUGCUGGGCGUGGGCCGGGAGGCCGAGGCGGUUCCCACGCGCGACCAAAACCACAGCCCAUCGACAAGCCGCGAUCAAAGGUGGCUAUUCCCGGCCAUGAACCAUGGAUCCUCGUGUACACCAAAUACGGCCGCCGAUUUGCCUACAACUCGGCCAAGAAUGCCAGUUACUGGCGAAUUCCCGAGAAGCUCAUGCCCGCCAUUCUUGAGCUCGACAAGGCGCGCAUUCGCCAAAAGGCAGAGGGCAAAGCUUUGGAUACGCUUCAAGGCUCUGAAGGCCCGCCGGAAAAAACAGACGGCCCUGAAGAACAAGAGAAGGACUACGACAGUUCUGAAUACGAAGAAGUCGAAGUGACCGACAACGAGGAUGGCGGCGAUGGCCACGCCACGAAGCGCCAACGAACUGAGGAUCCCGACCAAAGCGGAAACAACGGGCCGGUCGAGUUUACCGAGGAAGACAUCGCUGCGCAGUUGGCCGCCAUGGGUGCUGACUAUGGAGAAGACUACGAGAUGGGCCAAGACUACGACGAUUAUGACCAUGGCGAGGCGGCCCCCCAGCUAUCCGACGACGACGCCCGCGAGCUUUUCAAAGACAUGCUGUCCGACUUCAACAUAAAUCCCUACAGCCCUUGGGAUACCUUGAUAGAGCAGGGCAGGAUCGUAGACGACCCCCGGUACACAGUCUUGCCCACUACAAAAGCCCGCAAGGAGGUCUGGGAGGAGUGGUCCAGAGUCACGAUUCAGGAGCUCAAGGAGCUGCGACAAAAGCAAGAGAAAAAGGACCCCCGUAUCGCCUACUUCGCCCUGCUGCAGGACAAGGCCACGCCAAAGCUCUACUGGGCCGAGUUCAAACGAAAAUAUAAGCGGGAGGACGCCAUGAAGGAUAUCAAAGUGGCUGACAAGGACAGGGAAAAGUGGUACCGGGAAUACAUCUCGCGGCUCAAACUUCCCCAGUCCACGCUGAAAUCCGACCUCAAGAAACUGCUCGAAUCGGUUCCCUUGUCGCAGCUCAACAACCGGUCUUCCGCCUCCUCCUUACCACCCGCCGUCUUGACGGAUCUUCGGUACUGGUCCCUCGAUACAAAGUCCAGAGAUGAAUUUGUGGAGGGUUACAUUGCUGGGCUGGGGCCUCCCCCUGACUCGGGCGCAGAGCAAGGGGCGGGAGAGGAUGAGGCGACGAAAAAGGCCAAGGAAGAAAGACGCAAGCGGGAAAGGGCGCUUCAGGACAGGGAGCGGGCGGUGCAGGAAGAAAAGCACAGGCAGGAAAAGAAGCUCCAGUUUGAGCGUGCCAGGCUGAGGGAAGAAGAACGGGAGCUUGAAAGGGCCAUGCAGGUGGGCAAAAAGGGGCUACAGAGCCAGCUUACGCCACAAGAGGGGGAGCGGUUCAUUUGA